AUGGCUUCCAGACGGAAACGGCAGGGCUCAAUCUGCAACUCUGCCGGCAGAGUGACAGCUCGAAUCCUGUUAUCUUUCCUUGCCAUAUCCUACCCCCCCGCCGCCGCCAUCCUUCCUAACUCGGGAGCUAUCCUCCCAAACUCUCCGGUAUUAACGCCUUUAAUCCCCGAACCACCCCAACCAGCCGACCAUACCUUUACCUUACGUCAUAUCUUCCAUCACGGCACUCAUCGACACCCUGGCCUUCAUCGAAGGAAAGACAUACUUGAACCAGAAGCCGAAGUAUGGCUGGCUAGUGAAGAUGGGCACGAUGCGGAGCGGAUAUUGCCCCUGAAGGCAAAGAGCCAGCCUCGGAAGAUUGAGCGACUCCUUGACCGUCGACCGAGUACCGUAGAUCCGUUAGUUGCCGAGGCUCGCCAAAGUGGUUUUGUUUUCGCGAGCAGCCCAUCAGCGUGGACUAUCGAUGAUGUCCCUGGCCCUGAUGUGACUGAUAAAAACACUGUUUUGACCAUGGCUCUGGUGGCGUCUAAUGCCUACGUGGAGAAGCCAGGCAUGCCAGACUGGGAAGAAGUAGGAGUACCCUUUAACCGGUCCGCCGAUUUUGGCUGGGAAACUGAUGGACUGAGAGGCCAUAUUUGGGGGGACCAAACCAACUCGACCAUCAUCAUUGGGCUCAAGGGAACUUCUCCGGCUGUUUUCGAUGGCGAAGGCACGACUACCAAUGAUAAGAUCAAUGACAACCUCUUCUUUAGUUGCUGUUGCGCUCAGCAAGGCCAAUGGUCCUGGCAUCAAGUCUGCGACUGUGCAACCAGCACCUACAACUGCAACAAUACCUGCGUGCGUAAGGCCCUGCACGAGGAAAGUCGAUAUUACCAGGCAGCUAGAGAGCUUUACGCAAAUGUUACGGAGCUUUAUCCAGAGUCAAAUAUCUGGGUUGCUGGGCACUCGCUAGGCGGAGCUGUUAGUUCACUCCUCGGCUUAACGUAUGGACUCCCCGUCGUAACUUUCGAAGCUGUCCCGGAGGCUUUGGCAGCCGGGAGGCUGGGUUUACCAGUACCUCCCCACGCAGACCCGGAGUUUCCCCAAACCCGCGAAUACACUGGAUCGUUCCACUUCGGUCACACGGCCGAUCCUAUUUACAUAGGGACAUGCAACGGUGCAACAGCCUCGUGCUCUUUUGCCGGCUACGCUUUGGAAACCGCAUGUCAUACAGGUUUUGAGUGUGUUUAUGACACGGUUGGAGACUACGGCUGGCGAGUUGGUAUCGGGACCCACAAAAUUCGAUCCGUGAUCAAUGAUGUUAUUCGAAAGUACGACGACGUUCCUGCAUGCAGAUUUACACCGGACUGUAGGGAUUGCGCGAAUUGGAAGAUGUACGAGAGUAAUAAUACAGAUAGCACCACGACCUCAAGCAGUUCCACAACCACCAAGACACGUACUCGAACAGCUACUUGCCAGACUCCUGGAUGGUGGGGCUGCUUGGACGAGACUACUACCACUGGAAUAACUACUACAACAACGAGCAGCUCGACCUCAACAUGUAAAACCCCCGGUUGGUUUGGCUGCAAGGACGAGGUUACCACUACCACCUCGUCCACGUCUACCUCUACUACCACAACUACUACGACUACGUGUGAAACACCAGGUUGGUGGGGUUGUAAAGAUCAGACGGCUACCGUGACAAGACCCGCAACAUCAUUGCCACAAACGAAAUCCCACAUGAUCACCUCGCCUCCUCCUAUGCCCACUCCUACGGCCAAACCAGGGCCUGCGGUAACAGAGCCGCCCAAGUCUCACUGUGUUGAGCGAAACUGGGUCGGGGUCUGUAAAGAAUGGGAGAAAGAUGAGGAUAAAGAUGGCCUAGAUGCCGCAUGGGAAGAUGGCGAGAUAUAG